AUGGAAGACACAACCCAAGUAGUCACAGCCGUCAAUGGCGUACAAUUCAAACCAAAAGAGUUAAUAAAUGAAGCAUCUUCCAAACCAGACGUUGCCGUCAAUGGUGAUCCAAUCAAGCCUGAGACGAAUGUCAAUGGAACCUCCACAGGGUCAAAUGCGACCGUGGAUAUAGCUUCUCCUAAGAACGGGACGGGUGGUAAUGGCAGACCUCGUGGGCCUACCAGGUCACAACAGAUAAAUAAGCUAUAUUCCUACCCUACGCCAUUACGAACCUUCCCUCUCCCAACCUUUGUUCCACAUAAUCCGAUCUCCCUGGUCCAAAUCUUGUACACAUGGCUCCAACAAACUAUCAGUCCCCCCUCGUCACAUCCUCAGGCUCUAUACCAAGGGGUGUUCUCACCGGAGCUUCGCUCGAUUCAUGUCACGGAUGAAAGAUCUGCCCAUGCUCUUUGGCGGGAAGGGUUCUUCGGCAAAGGCAGCUUGAGUCGGAGUGAACCCAGUUGGCUUGACCGUGAGAAGCGCCGGGUUGGUGCCAACGCCUCCAAGACGAGCGAAGAAGUGACGAGGCAGAGGCGUGCAGAGAGACAACAGGCUAAGUGGGAGAGGGCAAGAGUCGGUCGCGAGGCUAUAGAUCAGAAGCUGCGAGAGGAGCAGGAGCUUGGAAUUCUGUCAGACGCGGCCCUCAGGGACAACAAAGACCAGCCAACCAGGAAAACAUUCCUUUCACCUGUUGGACCAGAAGAAUUGCUGCGUCUACCAAACUCUCGAUACGACGUACACCUUGUCAAUGGUCCGACAUCUGCCGUGGCCAACACUACAAGCCCUGGAAGUGAACGGGCGAACGAAGCAGCCGAUGAUAACAAACCCCAAUCGAUCAGGAAGGCAUUCGUUCCACCUGUUGGGCCAGGAGAAUUGCUGCGUCUAUCAAACUCGCAAUGCGACCUAGACCUUUGCAUUGGUCCAACAUCUGUGGCCAACCAUACAAGUCCUGCCGUCGAACAGUCGGUGACCACAGUGGGGCAAGACAAAACAACAAUUCCGAAUGGGCAUGUGGUAUCACCGGGAUAUGAAAGCCCUCCCGCCACUGAAGUUGACCUGCUACUCCGCCCACUCUACAAACCGGUUUCCGCAAAGAUUUCGGGUGACACCCAGACCUAUACAUCGACAAAUAGCGAUGUAUCAACUGAAGAGACUUUAAACCGGCCUAAACCUCUGAACCGCAAGAAGAGUGUUCGAUUUUCGCCCACCAUUGAGCAAACCACAUUCCUGCCAUCGGAUCCCAUCAAUGCCGACUUCUCCAAACCUAAACCGCCAACUCCACCAAAAAUCACUGAAGCAGACGUCACACUCGUCGGACUUCACAAUCAGGAACACAUCCAACUCACAAUGGAAGAAGCCUUCUUUCUCUCAUAUGGCCUAGGUGUCCUGUCGAUCCAAGACGCGCACAGCAACCUGCCAAUCCCUCCUCAAGACCUUCUGCCGCUCUUCCGCCAAACCUCUUCCUUCCCUGUAUCGGCCACACCCCAUACCCGACCAGAUGAUCUGUUUAUCAUUUCAUAUGUCGUUUACCACCACUUCCGCAGUCUCGGCUGGUGCGUGCGCGGCGGCACGAAAUUUGGUGUCGACUACUUGCUAUACAGUCGCGGCCCUGUCUUCUCACACGCUGAGUUUGCGGUGCUGAUCCUACCGACAUAUAGCCAUCCUUACUGGUCCAGCGACGAUGCGAUCGCGAAAGACGUGCAAAAGAGGCAGAGCAAAAAGUGGAAUUGGCUGCACUGUGUGAAUCGCGUGAAUGGACAGGUGAAGAAGACACUGGUACUGGUUUAUGUUGAUGUUCCUCCACCUGUCAAUGAGGAGGGCAUGCGAGUCGAUGAAGUGCUGGCCAGGUAUACUGUCAGAGAGGUGGUGUUAAAGAGAUGGCUGAGCAACCGCAGUCGGGAUUAA